AUGGAUGUUGCAGCGACGUUUGAAAUUCGACUUCUAGCUUCAAUUCUGAUCCUGAUUCCAGCUGUUGUUGGUCUCGGACUGCACUUCCUUCUCGCUUUUACACUCUUCAGAAAUUGGAAAACGUUCCACACCGUCAGUUUCUACGUCAUUACAGUGCAAACCCAGUGGUGCGAUAUUUGUGCCCUUCUACUCGAUCUUUAUGUUGCCUUCCCGCUUACUUUAACUGGUGAUCAGUACAUGGGCGACAGUAUAGCUUUAUACUACGGCCCGUUAUUUUUCGAAGGCAUUGCAUUCAACGGAUUGUUCCUGUUAUCAUUUUUUCUGAGUCUCAACCGAUUUCUAUUAUUUAUUUUUCCACACAUGCACAACAGGCUUUUCACUUAUUGGGGAACGAGGAUAAUGUCGCUCAUUUUAUGGAUUCUUGUAUUUCUUUUUAUUGGAUUCUCAAAUUAUUUUGGUUGUCGCAAGCAGUUUUCCAAAGACGAUUUCUACUUCUGGUACAACUGUAGCAACCAAGUUCCAGGAGAAUUCCACUAUAGUGACUUUAUGCAUAUUGUGUCGAAUGUUGUUCCACUUACAAUGAUCGUCAUGUACGUGAUAGUCUUCCUGAAAAUCAGAAUGUCGCUCAUUGUUUGGAUUAUUGUGUUUCUUUUUAUUGGAUUAUCAAAUUAUUUUGGAUGCCGCAAGCAGUUUGCCAAAGACGAUUUUUACUUCUGGUACAACUGCAGCAAUCGUGUUCCGGGAGAAUUCCAUUACAAUGAUUUCAUGCACAUUGCAUCAAACAUCGUUCCAAUCACAAUGAUCGUCAUGUACGUCAUCAUUUACGUGAAGAUACGACAUGCAAUUCACGAUAGCGAGAUGGCUCGAGUGAAGCAAGAAAUAAAAUUCUUUGUUCAGGUGAUUGAUCAUACUCCUUCGCAAUAUGGACUCCGUACAUGGUAA